GGCGGACGGACAGACCGACAGAGGGCGCCGGGGGCGCGCGGCCCGCCCGGGCCAGCCAUGGAGGGAGCCUCGUUCGGCGCGGGUCGCGCGGGGGCCGCUCUGGACCCCGUGAGCUUCGCGCGCCGGCCUCAGACCCUGUUGCGGGUCGCGUCCUGGGUGUUCUCCAUCGCCGUCUUUGGGCCCAUUAUCAACGAGGGGUACGUGAACUCCGACAGCGGCCCCGAGCUGCGCUGCGUCUUCAACGGGAACGCAGGCGCCUGCCGCUUCGGCGUCGCGCUUGGCCUCGGGGCCUUCCUCGCCUGUGCCGCCUUCCUACUGCUCGACAUGCGCUUCCAGCAGAUCAGCAGCGUCCGCGACCGCCGCCGCGCGGUGCUGCUCGACCUGGGCUUCUCAGGGCUCUGGUCCUUCCUGUGGUUCGUGGGCUUCUGCUUCCUCACCAACCAGUGGCAGCGCACGGCGCCCGGGCCGGGCACGACGCAAGCGGGAGACGCGGCGCGGGCCGCCAUUGCCUUCAGCUUCUUCUCCAUCCUCAGCUGGGUGGCGCUCACCGUGAAGGCCCUGCAGCGGUUCCGCCUGGGUACCGACAUGUCUCUCUUUGCCACCGAACAGCUGGGCGCCGGGACGUGCCAGGCCUAUCCCGGUUACCCAGUGGGCAGCGGCGUGGAGGGCACCGAGACUUACCAGAGCCCGCCCUUCACCGAGACCCUGGACACAAGCCCCAAAGGGUACCAGGUGCCUGCCUACUAGUGGCUGGCAGGCCUGGACCAGGGCUCGAAGGCCACCCCACCAAUGCAGGGCCCAAAAUCUCCUGGGACCUCCCUUGGGUCCUCCUGGCCCAGUGCCAGGGACAGAGGGGAUGGCCACUAUGGGCCAUCUGGGUCCAAGAGAGGGUAGCCCCCAGGGUGCCUGGGCUGCCUCCGCAAGUUCCGCGUCCCCUUAGUCCCCGGCCCUGGGCCGGAGGUCCUGAGGAGGGGACAGCACAACCCUGGGUGUGUGUCCUCUAGCCUCUAGUGGACCAGCUUGGGCAGGUCCUCUCAUGAGCCAGCCAACCUGGGGCUCAUGUGUUCACUCUGGGGUCAGGGAUCCUGUGGUCCUCCAUGGCCAGGUGCAGGAGCUGCCUUUGCCCUCACCCCCACCCCUUGGCCUGGGGAACAUGGCCACUGUUCCCCAUCCUGUGUCCCUGUGGGUAGUGACGGUCCUUGCUCCUGUCGUGGUGGCUCACCUGUAGGGCCACGUGCUCUGUCUGGAGCCUCCCUCCAUUCCCUCUCACAGGCUCAGAGUAGUCUGGGUCUGUCAAUGUUGUGAUUGUGAUCAAGUCUUCAGGUUUCACCUCCUAGUCUCCCACAAGCAGCCCCUCUGUCUGUGGCCCCUGUUCCCGCCCCUACCUGCCUUGGCCCAGGCCCCUGCCCAGGUGUGAGCAGUUCUGGCCAGGAAGGCAC